AUGCAGUUCACUAUUGUCCAGACCAUCGCCCUCUUCUGUGUCGGCGCCAUCGCCAUGCCAGGCAACGCUCAGGUUGGCGGCCUCGAGGCACGCAACAUCGAGGUUCGCGCUGACUGCAGCCACAUCCUACCUGCUUGCAACGGCGGGAAAAUCGUUGGCCAGACCAACUGCCGCUGCAAGGGCCAGAAGGAGACCUGUGAUCUCUGGACUUGCCCUGGUCCUGCCCCUAACACCAUGGUUUGCGGCCAGGCGGGUACUGGGUGCGUCUGGAUUUAG